AUGAAGCCAAUGAGGGCGCCAUGCGUAUCCUACAUUUCCAUGCUCUUACUUGGCCUACUUGUCUUCCUCAGCCAAACCCAAGUCACCUAUUCACUUUUCAACAAGUACCGGGUGCAUGUUAUCAACGGGUUGUCAAAAGACACUCUUACAAUUCAUUGUCAAUCCAAAGACACCGAUCUGGGAAUCCAUGAACUUGCAGUGAACCAGGAAUUUGAAUGGAAGUUUCGCACCAACUUUUUUGAUUCAACACUUUUCUUUUGCAACCUGCAGUGGAACGGUGGGCAUAAAUCUUUUGAUGCGUUUAAAGUCGAUGAAAAAGGUCUGUUGAAUGAUUGUAGUGCUAAUGACUGUAUGUGGUUAGCAAGAGAUGAUGGGCUUAACUUGUUUAAUUAUCCCCACAAAGAAUAUCGACAAAAAUAUAAAUGGGAUAAAUGA